AUGCAGAUAUUUAAACAGCAUUAUAAUUCACUCAAAUCUAAAAUCAUCACCUCACCACAUGUAGGUACACUUCAUGAACCUUGGAUUACUUCAACGAAUCAACAUGCUACAAUGAAGGUCCACAUUUUAUUAUUAGGCUUCUAUCUUCUUAGUACUGUUGCUGCCAUAUAUGCUCAAAGAUCAGAAGAAAACAAUGUGACAAACAACACCAAGUCUCCUACUUUACCUAAUAACGAUGCAGGAAAGCCAAGAUUCAAAAGGCCAAAACGGUUGCUUGCGUUGAGGCAUGUUCAUGAGAGCAGGGGAUUAUCAUUGAGCUGUGCUGCAUAUGGCCAAGAACCAAUGAAGACUGAGUGGUUUAAAGAUGAUCAACCUUUAGCACAGAACACUAGAAUACAAAUACGAAAGACCCGCAUCAUACUUCAAAAUAUUUCCGCAGAGGCUGAUAUAGGCAACUAUACAUGCAUUGUAUCAAACAGUCUUGGAGAAAUCCGACAUACCACAAAUGUUGUUUUAUCAGGAGUUGAUGAGGAGGAAGAGAUUGGAGAGUUGGAAGAGGAAGAUGUAGAACCAGAAGAGGAGGAGGAGGAGGAAGUGCCAACGAUCCCAACAGAUGCUGGCAAGCCGAGAUUCAAGAAGCCAAAAAAGAUGGUGACGGGGAAAGCCGUCCCACAAGGCAACUCAAUGACGUUAAGUUGUGCAGCUUGGGGCCAGGAACCAUUGAAUAUUACAUGGAAGAAGAAUAACAAACCCUUAUCUUUGACUCGGGUUGGAGGGGUCCAAAUCAAAAAGUUUCGUUUGACACUAGAAAACGUUUCCCCUGAGACUGAUAUUGGGAACUAUACUUGCAUUGUAUCUAAUGCACUAGGAAAAAUUAGCCACACCACCAAUGUUGUUAUAUCAGCUGUACAUCCACACAAACCAUACUUCCACGAAACUCCCAAGAACUUGACGGUUUAUGUCGGUCAGACUGCCAAGUUUACGGCUAAGUCCCACAGUAAGCCGCGUCCUGCAAUUAACUGGGUGAAACACUUCAAGGUUAAUGGAUCCUAUUUCUACGAUGGGGACAAACCGCAUAUCUACAUCAUCGGUACUAGCAAGGUGAGUAACCAUAUGAACGUGACCAAUCCACAAGAACUGAUCAUUGAGAAUGUAACCAUGGCUGAUGCUGGUUGGUACUCAUGCAUUCUGGGUAAUUCUCAAGGCUGGAUUCAUGCAAGUGCUUGGUUGACGGUGCUUGAAGGACCACCUCCAACUACAGCAUCCGAAUCAAGGCCUUAUCUAUCUGCUCAUAAUCCGAACCUCUCAUUGGUUGUCCCUAUAGCAGCUGCGAUGGGAUCGCUCUUUUUAAUGGCAGUUUUUGGAGGGAUAGGAUGCUAUUGUUGCAAGCGUCGUUUCGACAAGCAACAGAGCAGGCCCAUCAAGAAACGAGUUGUACUUAUGAGACAGAAUGACCUCUAUCCAAACUAUUUCAAGGAUUCUGGGAAUUCCAUGACACCUCUUGUGCCAAGGGUGAUCAUUAGGAAAGACCAUCGCAAUAGAUUAUCAUCAGAACUCACCACAGUCUCAGAGUACCAGAUCCCUGUUGACCCAGCUUGGGAAUUCCCUCGAGAAAAACUAAGCCUCGGGAGGAUACUAGGAGAAGGAGCAUUUGGUAUUGUUCGCCAAGGGGAGGCAGUUGGCAUAGGUGGCAAGACUACGACAACAACAGUGGCCAUAAAGUCAUUAAAACACGAUGCCACAGAUCACGAAGUGACAGAUUUGAUCCGAGAGAUGGAAGUUAUGAAAGUGAUUGGCAGACAUAUUAAUAUUAUAAACUUACUGGGAUGUUGUACACAAGAUGGUCCACUGUAUGUAAUAGUUGAGUUUGCUCCAAACGGUAACCUGAGAGACUUCUUGCGUAGCAGACGUCCGCCUAACUCUGGUUAUGAAAAACCUAUGAUAUCACAGUGGCAGGAGCAAGUCAGCAUCGAUGCUAAACCACUACUGCACAAAGACCUGCUCUCCUUUGCCUAUCAAAUAGCCAGAGGCAUGGAGUAUCUUGGCUCCAAAUUGUGUAUACACAGAGACUUGGCAGCUAGAAAUGUCCUUGUAACUGAAGACUAUGUCCUGAAAAUAGCCGAUUUUGGGCUGACUCGCAAUAUACAGAACAUUGACUAUUACAAAAAAACCACUGAUGGGAGACUCCCAGUAAAGUGGAUGGCCCCUGAGGCACUGUUCGAUAAAAAGUAUACAUCAAAAAGUGAUGUAUGGUCAUAUGGUGUUCUCCUAUGGGAGAUCUUCACCCUAGGAGGUAAUCCCUACCCCUCAGUCCCAGUGGAGGACCUCUUCAAGCUUCUAAGAGAGGGCCAUCGGAUGGAAAAACCACCAUAUUGUUCCCUUGAAGUGUUCAACAUCAUGCUUGACUGUUGGGCCCAGCAGCCAGGCUACAGGCCGACCUUCUCUGACCUUGUGGAGAACCUAGACCGUAUAUUAACCCUCUCAGUACCAGAGGAGUAUCUGGACCUACACGAGCCUCUGAGUCACGAGACCCAGGAACCACUAGAGAGCCCCCUCAGUACUUAUUCAGACAGUCAAUAUUCGUCCAUGUCAGUUGGAAGUUCCACUUCCAGUAGUCAUGAAUCAACUGUGUGAUCUUUUAGAUCUCUUAGAUCCCGUUGAUCUAACGGAUGAUCAAAUCACGCUUUGUUCAGUGUAGACAAAGUGUCACCAAAUCAUGUGUGAAUUGCACAGAAAAUAAUGUGUUCAGGAAGGAAGAACAUGAUUUCAGUUUUAUUAUCACUUUUUAUUAUCACAUCCAUUUUGUUAUAAAGAUGUAACGUCUUUAUAAUACGUGGUGGGGACAAGUGAUUAUAUUUAUCAUUUAUCAUCUAGUGCCUUAAACAAUGGGAGGGUCCCUUGAGGAGGGUCUCCUAGUGAGAUAUGUGUUCAUAUGACAGAGAUGUUGGAUUACCACAACAGCGUGCAAUACAGACACUGUGGUUGUUCUAGGAAGCAUUACUGAAGAUAUGUCAGCGUAAAUAGUUCCUUAAAUGGGCCAUCUUUAUGUUGAUGACUGACUGACUGACUUUUUUUGGUCCAAAGAUCUCGUCUCUGAACUUGAUUUGUUCAAUUAAUUAUUUGAAAGUUUAAUAGCCAGUAAGAGUUGAUCUAAUGUAGUAUGUGUUUCCUCAAGCUGACAGAUUGUAAAUAUUGUACAUAUGUAGAUGAAACAAUGUACAUGAAUUGUCCAUAUACCAGUGAAGCUACUCAAUUGUACAUAAAUGCUUAUGUAAAUUGCUUCCAUGUAGACCUGCCAGCUACGUUCAGAUCACAUGUGCCAAUAUUUUGAAUUAAUGACUGAAAAAUGAAAGCAAUAUUUUUACGCAUACAUUCUAUAUGAAGUCUAGCAUUGAUGAAUUUCGAUGAAACUGUGGUAAUCUGUAUGAAAUAGUGAUAAUUUUGAAAUUCCUGGUAUAUGGCAUAAUAUUAUAAAGAAGUGCAACAGAAAAUGCCAAAGAUGUUUUCCAACUUAAUUUUGUGUCAUAGUAUCAAUGAAUAAGUAAAAUUUACUUGAUGAAAGUUUAUUGUAAAAGCAUCAUAAGUAUAAUUUUUUUUUUGUUAUUUGAAUUUAGCUGUCCAAGGUCUUGAUGCGAUAUGUACUCUGUAAAUAUCACGCAUAUAAUCAAUAAUUUAAUUUCAUAACCAGUGGGCCAAGUCAUUUCUUGGUAGUUCUCAAAAUCAUAUUUGAGAUAAUCGUAUCCAUCGUUUGGACAAUGGAACCAUUAUUUGAGUCCAUUUAUAUAUGUAUGAGACAUAUACUUGUUUGUGAAAAGUUACAGAUACCAAUCACUACAGUAUGUACAUACCGGAGUUUCAUUAGAAUAUGUAAUACGAAUGGACACACUUAUUUGACAUCUUGAUUUUAACAUGGAAACAUUAACAAAAUUUCUCAAAAACAUUCUAUUUUUUGGGAAGAUACAAUCUGUUGCUAAUGAAACUCUUUGUAUUAAUGUGUUAAAUAUGAUAUAUACAUGUGAUAUAUUUAUAUAUGUGCAUGCCAUGUAUACAAAGCAUUUUUGCAGCUGAUAGUUUGAACAAAUGAUCCUGUAGUGUUUACUUUAUCUUACUUCCAGUCCUAUUUAAAACAUCACAAAGGUCAUAUUCAUAAUGUUAUCGUGUAUGAACUCUAUGACUAGUUUCUGGGCAAUAACCAUUAUCAUUUUCUGCCAUUAUUCAAGUGCCUUAUUUGAGAUUUGCUAAUUUUUACAUUAUCUAAAUAACCAAAGUAAGACUUUCAUCACAUACAUUUAUGAAGGAAAACAUGUUCAGCGUAAAAUGGAGUAUGCAUUUAAAAAUUCAGUUUAUAAAAAUAUGAAUUUUUUCAUUUGUUUGUUAUUAUUCAAAAAUUCAGACCUCUAGAACAUGUAGUACUGGACAUAAGUAUAAAUGUAGUGCCAUUAGUAUCAUUCAAGAGUGUGAUAUCAACAUACAUGAGUGUGAUAUCAACAUAUAAGUGUGUGAUACCAACAUACAUGAGUGUGAUACCAACAUAUAAGUAUGUGAUAUCAACGUACUAGAGUGAUAUUAACAAACAAGUUUGUGAUACCAACAUACAAGAGUUUGAU